AUAUACAGUGUCUUGUUUACAGGCUCACUCCAUGUGUACACAAAGGCAGAAAACACUGAGUUUAGUGCAGCACUGUUGCCAAGAUUUGUCAAGUCUGGAGAUCAGGGCAACCAAUGGUAUCAGGCUAUUGUUUUGCUUCCCAGCAUGAAUGAGUCUUUUCAGGUGAUUAUAGAAGCAGUUCGUGGUCCUGGAUAUGUCAGUGACAUUGCAAUUGAUGAUGUGAAGAUUGCAAAUGGGAGUGAAUGUCUAGCAUCAGUGACACAUUUACCUUCUCCUACAGAAUCUGUCAAUCAAAAUGGUGGUGGAAAUGAGAUCUAUGACAGCACACAAAGCUGCAGAUUACGAUGCACAAGUACCAUCACUGCACUUACUCGUACAACAGCCGUAGCAUCAGAGACACCUGUAUUUGCAGAGUGUGAAUGCCAUGCGUUAUGUCUGCAAACAGCGACUUGCUGUGUUGACUAUGCAUCAUACUGCAUGCUGGUGACAUUAGAGCCACAGACAGUCUCUAAAUCUGCAGUUAUAAAUCGUCCAUAUCACACUCCUCCGCCUUUACCUCCGCUUCCACCAUACCCAUCAGUAAAAUUGCCAACAUUUCCUCCAAGCACACAGAAGAAUCUUAUCCUCGAAAUGUCUUCAGAACUACCUAAGCCAGUGGAAAAUACAGAAGCGCCACUUAUACAUUACAAACCCGUCGUACCGCUUUGGACACAAGAUGGAUUAAAAGAACAUCUGAGUUUAACAACAGAGUCAAACGGACGUAUCCCUAUCCCAAGUGAUCCUACGCCUUUAAUCUUACAGCCACCCACUGCUGUACACAUACAAAUAAAACCAUUAGUAAUUUCUCAGAGUGAGAAGCCAGCUGUAAGACUUACCACUGUGAAACCAGUAACCACCUCCACUGCAUCACACUUCACGCUGUCCCAUCUCACUGUUUCUGAAAGCCUGAAUCCAGUUGUGACAGAUUUAAACAAAACUGCUGUUACUAAAUCAGUAAACAUCUUAAACAUUAAAACACUGUCCACUGCUUCAACGGCAUUAAACAUGCCAACAGUUCCCAUUCGUAGGAACUCAAGUUUAAUUUCUACAGCUUUACUAGUGCCACGACAAUCUUCCACAACUCUUAAAACAACUCCUGUGACUCAAAAUUAUCCCAGAGUAACUCAAGUAAGAAGUAAACUUGUAGUUUUCUCAAUUCCACCAGUGACAAAGCUUAAACAGACUGCAAGAACAAGUGCAUCAACAGUGUCACCACUCAUCAUUCAUCAUUUCACCACCGUUCCAAGUGAAACUCAGGAUGUCACAGAAAGACUGACCUAUUCUGAACCAAUUACAACACCUCCCUGGAUGACAGUCACAAGAGAUCAAAAAUGGAUACAAGCAAGGAGAGGACCAGAUCCUAGGCAGAAAGAUUUCCUGUCCAUGUCAGGAAUUGUUGGAAUAUUGGUUGCAGUAAUACUGGUCAUUAUUGCAGUGGUGAUUGCCAGUUACUUUGUGGUGAGAAACAGGAGGCAUGUAUACAGGCAGCAGCAAAUGGCAGAUGAUUCAGAUGUUAGAUUCCUCACAUCAGAAGAGGCCCUUGAUUUCAGUCUUGCAAGGCCAGUAGAUAAUGGUGAUGAUUACUUGUGACUCUCGCCGCUGAUAAUUGCGAAUGUUGCUGAUUCUCUUUGAGUCACUCUUUAAACUGGGUUAGUUAAAAAGAAAUGUACCCAUUCUGAAUUAUGACUGAUGGAUGGCCACAAUGGGUAUGUGUGAACAGUUUGUAUUUAUUUGUAUCCAUCUUAGGUUCUGGGUAUUGAUAAUGUUGGAAAAAUGUACAAGCUAACCUAUUAAUAUAGCAUCUUAUAUAGUAUGUAUAAUAUGCAAUCACAAUGAAGUAUUAAGGUAUUAAAAUAGAUGCCAUCAUCAGGGGUACCUCAUGUUCUGAAACUAUUAAAGGUGCUUGUCUAUGCCUCA